AUGGUUUGGCAUUGUGCGUAUUGUACUAACUGGGUGAAGAGAAAGAUAACAUAGCGAUGAACAGUUGACUUAUGACGCUAAUUCAUAAUACACAUGUGAUUGGAAUCAUGAUUGGAAAUAGAUGUUGCCUUCGCUGUGCAUGAUUUGACUUGUAGGGAUCUGGAGGAGUGACCCCACUAAAUCCUCUCUCUUUUUAUCCACCACACAGAUCUUGGUAUCGCCUAAUCUUUCUAGCGACCGAGAAGAAGUAUGGAGUCUAGGUUGCAAUUGCAUAGUGUGGUUUUGUUAGGUUUGCUUGCGACGUUUCUGGUUACGACCCAUGGCCAAGGAGACGGGGCUGGGCUAAAUGGAGAAGAAAUGUGGCCAGUGGAGGUAGGAAUGGAGUACAGAGUGUGGAGGAGAAAGCUGUUGACGCCAUUGGAGUUGUGCUUGGAGUGCAAAUGCUGUUCCUCCACCACUUGUGCCACCAUGCCUUGCUGUUUCGGCAUCAAUUGCCAACUUCCCAAUAAGCCCUUUGGCGUUUGCGCCUUUGUUCCCAAGUCAUGCCAUUGUACUUCCUGCUCCACUUAACUUUAUUCUUUCUUCUACCAACAUGAUGCGUAUAACUAGAAUCACAGAUUUUCUGUGCACUCUUCGUUUAAUCAAUCAUAUACAUAAUUCAUCAAA